AUGUCCAAAUUUUUCAAGGGAGCAGUUUCAAGUUCAGAUUCUUCUGCUUCUGAGAGUAGCGAUGAGGAACCAUAUGUACCCAUCAAAAGACCUCAAGCUGCUUUUGCAUAUCCCUCAGAUAGUGAUGAUGAAGGGCAGAAGCGUGUUGUUAAAGCACAAAAAGAUCGGAAAUUUGAAGAGUUGAAAGAUUUGAUUAAGCAAGCGAAGAAUUCCAAAAAUAUCAAGGAUAUGUCGAAGCUUCUGUCAACAUUCGAAGGUUUAUGCAAGAUAUUUGAAAAAACUAAAGUAGUAUUAGUACGUCAAAAUAUGUCGACACCUCGUUUUUACGUGCGUAUAUUGGUCGAACUGGAAGAUUUUGUGAAUGAACAGUGGGAAGAUAAAGAAGCUCGGAAGGUUAUGUCUAAGGCAAAUUCUAAAGGUCUCACCGCUUUGCGACAGAAGAUUCGUAAAUACAAUAAAGACAUGGAAGAAGAAAUUCGAGCAUACAGGGCGGAACCAGAUCCAGUUGGUUAUUCAAGUGCAGAUGACGAGGAAGAAGAAGACGAACCGGAGGAACCUGAAAAAGAUGAGCAGGAAGUGAAAAGCAAACCUCAAAAAGCUAUUGAAGAUUCAGAUGAAUGGAGCACUGACUCCAGUGCCUCUUCAGAUAGCGAUUCUGAUCUUGAUCUCGAAGGCAAACAGAUGGAAGACUUACGAAAAUUUUUUUUGAAAAAAGAAUUCAAAGAAGGAGUUGAAACUGAAGGUAAAGAAAAACGGCAGGCAGAAAGGGCUCAGAAACAAAAGGAACAAAAAGAACGUGAGGCAAGAGAAAAAACAGAGGAUAAUGAAAACGAUGAGACAUGGGUUGCCGUGCCUACAAAAAAAGAAAAAAUGCGGCAGCUUUUUGAUCCUCAGACUGAAAUUACUCAUGAAGCUGUUGUCAAAAAAUUGCAAGAACUCGUAGCAGCUAGAGGGCGUAAAUCAACGAACCCAAAGACCUAUGUACGCAAUUUACAAGAAUUGUUCAAAAUUUCUGAUGACCAUAAACUUAGUAUUGGUGUUUUGGUGAAGAUUUUGUUCUCAAUCAUCUCCGCACUUUUCGAAUCAAAUACACGCAUCAGUGAUUGUAUGAAUUAUUCGUCUUGGAGCAAAACAUUGGGAGCAACGAAUAGCUUAAUAGAUAUGUUAAAUGAAUAUCCAGAAGUUAUAUUAUCGGUUGCUAUCAGUGAAGAAGAUGAAAAUAUACAGGAUUCAUCUAAACCGUACGCUAUACAUGGCUCAAUUUUAAUGAGUGUUCAUCGUUUAGAUACAGAGUUGACCAAAAUACUACAAAACGCAGAUUGCCAUAGCACAGAUUACAUAGAAAAACUUAAAGGGGAGAAGGAUUUGUGUGCCCUUAUUGAUAAGUUGUUGGAUUAUGUUAAUGCGCGGUUUGGUAAAAAUAUAUUUUUAGAAGAAGAAAUUUGUAAUUUAUAUAUGCUGCGAAUCGAACAUCUUUACUACAAAUACGAAGCAGAAGAUGGUUUAGAAGCAGGUCAAGAGUCAUCACUCGAGGUAAUGGAUCGCCUCUGCAAAGAGGUAUAUGCACGAGAUGAAACCAAACGUCUUAGACAACGUGCAUUGUUAUGUCAAAUUUAUCAUUUAGCAUUACAUGAUAAGUGGCACCAAGCACGAGAUCUAAUGCUCAUGUCACAUCUACAAGCUAUUGUUGAUCAUUCGGAUGUUAGCACGCAGAUUUUGUAUAAUCGAACUAUAUGCCAGCUUGGUUUAAGCGCUUUCCGACACAGUUUUAUUAAAGAAGCUCACCAAGGCCUUUCUGAAAUACAAAACACACAACGUGCCAAAGAACUUUUAGCUCAAGGGAUGGCUAUGAGGCAGCAAGAAAGGACUGAAGAGCAGGAAAAAUUGGAACGUGCUCUUCAAGUUCCCUACCACAUGCACAUCAAUGUAGAACUUAUGGAGUGUGUUUAUUUGAUUUGUUCAAUGUUACUGGAAAUACCACACAUGGCUUCUCAAGAAUAUGAACUAAGGCGACGUCUCUUAUCGCGCUCUUUUCAUUAUCAGCUGAAACAGUCAGAGAAAAGCUCCCUCAUUGGUCCACCUGAAAACACUCGUGAACACGUUGUAGCUGCAUCAAGGGCUAUGUUAAAUGGUGAUUGGAAAAAGUGUCGUGAUUAUAUUGUGAACGAUAAAAUGAAUGCUAAGGUGUGGAAUCUGUUCCGAAAUUCAGAUAAAGUUAAAGGCAUGGUAAUUCGUCGGAUCCAGGAAGAAUCUUUGCGCACCUAUCUAUUGAUGUACUCAACUGUCUACACUACUGUCUCAUUGGAUAUAUUGUCUGAACUUUUCGAACUGGAUAAAAGCACUGUACACGCAGUAAUUAGCAAAAUGAUAAUAUCUGAAGAAUUGAAUGCAAGUUUGGAUGAGCCCACGAAUUGCUUAAUCAUGCAUCGGGUCGAGCCAAGUCGAUUGCAGCUUCUUGCACUGCAUCUCACCGAUAAGCUUACUCAGCUAGCUGACAGCAACGAACAAGUUCUUGAGCCUCGGGCUGGUCGUAGUUACACAGGUCCAGGCGCGUGGUACAGUUUGCGACAAGACCGAACUACUGCGGAGCAACAACAACGACCCAGUCGCAUGGCUUACCAAGAUGCAACUAAUAAGAACCGCUGGAACCCAAAUGUUCAAAAUCGACGCCGAAUGGAGCAACGUAUUAGAUACUAG